AUGCACCCGUGCCAACAGUGCAAACGCCUCAAGAGGCGCUGUGACAGAGAGCUACCCGAAUGCUCAUUGUGCACUAGGACUCAUCGACCUUGUGAAUAUCCUCCUGGGUCGAUGCCUGCUUCACCCAAAGAGGCUCAGUUGUCACCGGGCAUCUUGCUGGACGUUCCCAUAAAUCGAUUUCCUGCGACAUACUUUUUUGACCGCCGAGUAUUCAACGACUGCCAUAUGAGCAUAGAAAGGGGGCAUCUACCUCCGUCGUCUGUUGUACUUAAUGUUUUGACCAGCACCGACGAAAUUCGACAAAUUGCAAAUAAGUAUUUCGCUUCGGUGCAUCUAUGGUUUCCCAUUAUCAACCGAAGCAAAUUUUACGGAAGCUUCUUACAUGGUUCCGUUGAAGCAGACGUUGAGAUCUCUCUCCUUGCCAUGUGCAUGCAGCUUCUAGGAUCUCGAUCAUCUAAUGAGUUACAAGCCUUGGACACAGUAUAUAUCUCGAUUAGGCAGGCAUUUGUGCAGCUAGAGCAAGCUGGUGUUUUAAAUAUUACGGUACUACAGGCUCUAUUAUUAACCGCCCUCUAUGAGAUCGGCAACGGUAUUUACCCUGCUGCAUAUCUCACGAUUGGCAAUUGUGCCAGAUAUGCAGUGGCCCUAGACCUGGAUAGAGAGAUACUCAACUGGAACCAGGAUGCAUCCGAUUGGGUUGUGAUGGAAGAAAAGCAUCGAGCUUGGUGGGCUGUGCUCAUACUUGACAGGUACAAAGUUUUCCCGAUAUUAUCUGACACGUACGUCGUCGGCUGA